AAGCGGAAACUAGCCUAAUUAUAAAGCUAAGUGAAACUAUAUAAAUAAGGACUCAUUCUCUCAUACUAAUAUAUUCUCUCAAUCCUCAUCAUCAUUCUCUUCUUAUUUAUACAAAAAAAACUAAUAACAACAUGGCAUUGCAAGAGAGCACAGAUGAGUCCCCAAAAACUUUUAGCAUUGGUUCUAGUUCUAGAGCAUCAUUAGUACCAAACACUUCAACUCCAACAUUGUUUGGUACAAAUGAUACUAUUAAUACUACUCAAUCAAAUUCAACUCCAACAUUAUUUGGUACAAAUGAUAGUACUCCUUUCUCCUCAAAAUCCUUUGUUGCUACUAAUACUACUCAAUCAAAUUCAACUCCAACAUUGUUUGGUACAAAUAACACUACUCCUUUCUCCUCAAAAUCCUUGUUGGGUAAUACUAAUACUACUCAACAAAAUUCAACUCCACUAUUUGGGUGUGGCUUUAACUUUCGUAGUAGUAGUACUAGUCCUUCUCAUGGUCAUGGUCAACCAUUUUUCUUCAAUGGUCAACAUCCCAUGCCCAUACAACAUUUUACUCAAGAUUGGCCCUUCCCUUUCUCCUCCUCCAAACCCUUUGGUACUACUACUCAACAAAACUCAACUCCACUACAAUUUGGGUGUGGCUUUUAUUAUCAUAUCAAGCAAAACCCCGUGUCUCGAUAA